GUGCGGCGGUGCGCGUUGACGCAGCGGGUGGCAGCUGGUGCGUCAGGAGGAGACGGAGAUGCCAUAACAGCAGCAUCAGCUCUCCGGGUUCUGUUCUGAUCCGAACCGGCUCCGCUCCGGGACACCUCUCAUGCUCUGCCCGCCUCACGAGGCGACAGGCCCGGCUUCAGUCCCAGCAGAGGAGCGGCAGCAUCUGGAGCUGAGGAUGCACUGGGGUUUCCCAGUAGGCCUGUGAAGAUGAGUGUGACCUCGUGGUUCCUGGUGAGCAGCUCGGGGACUCGACACCGCCUCCCCAGAGAGAUGAUCUUUGUGGGCCGAGAGGACUGUGAGCUCAUGCUGCAGUCCCGCAGUGUGGACAAACAGCACGCUGUCAUCAACUACAACCCGACUACAGACCAACACCUGGUCAAAGACCUGGGCAGCCUCAACGGGACGUUUGUGAACGACCUGAGGAUUCCUGAUCAGACUUACAUCACCCUCAAACUGUCCGACAUCAUCCGCUUCGGAUACGAUAUCCUCCCGUGUGUGUGUGUGUGUGUGUGUGUGUGUGUGUGUGUAAGAUAAUUCCUGCAGGAAGACUUCCUUUGGUUGUUAAGAUCUAAGAGUAACUCUCCUUUAAUGUGUCGAUGAAAACAAACGACUUUUCUUAACACUUUCUUUCACAUUCUCACGUCUACGUCCUCGAGAAAAGUCAACACAAAGUACCUGAGGAGGCUCUGAAGCAUGAGAAGUACAGCAGUCAGCUGCAGAUGAGUCUGAAGGCUUCAGAGGGAACCAAGGCCGAGCCCGACGAGAAAACCAGAGCAGAGAAAACCCCGAGCACAAAGAGUCUGACACAAGAGGCUCCAGUGUCUCGGCCCACCCCUCUGUACGGUCAACCCUCCUGGUGGGGAGAGGAGGAUUAUGGGAGUAAAGUCCAGAGCAGCGAUGAGCCUCAUGCAGAUCUCCACAGAGAGUCUUCGUCCGGGGAUCCAGAUUUUUCAGAUGCCCACCAGAAAGCCGGCUUCCCCUCGUACCACCGUGAACCCAGCUACUUCGAGAUCCCAACAAAGGAAUUCCAGCACCCCAAAACUCUGGGGGCGGAGCUUCACGAGAUCCCCACCAAAGAUACAGACACGCCCCUGGCCCCUUCGUCCCCUCCCACCCCGACCCCGCCCGUGGUCCAGAGCCACGCCUCUUUCACCAUCGAGUUCGACGACUGCUUACCGGGCAAGAUCAAGAUCAAAGACCAUGUCACCAAGUUCUCCACCCGCCAGAGGAAGCAGCUGGCUCCGUCCUCCAAGAACCCCAUGGCGUCUGCCACUCCUGGAGAGGUGAUGUCGGCGGAGAGCAAGGUGGCUGAUUGGCUGGUCCACAGUGAUGUCAGCAUGAUGAAACGACGUCCCACCUGUGAGGAUGUUUUCAGCACAAAGAGUGACCUCGCCGUGAACAUCAAGACACUGAAAGGUCACCAUCAUGAGGAUGGAACCCAGAGUGACUCCGAGGAUCCAGUUCUCAAAGGGAGGAGGAGUAAAUCCCACCACUCCGUCCAGUCAGAGCAGUCUGAGGCUCAGUCAGUCCAGUCAGUCCAGUCAGUCCAGUCAGUCCAGUCAGUCCUGUCAGUCCAGUCAGUCCAGUCAGUCCAGACAGUCCAGUCAGUCCAGCACCAUCCCCCUCCAGCACAGAAACUCCACCAACCCGUGCAGUAUUCUCCACCUGGACCGGCCCCAGCCUCUCCUGUGGCCCCUGAACGGCCCCUGUCCCAGAGUCCUCCUCAGACUCAGUCCCCCAAAACAGAAACCCCUAAGCAGGGCCCCCCAGAGCACCUCACCCAGCAGGCCUUCAUCAUCGAGUUCUUUGAUGACAACCCGCGCAAAAAGCGCUCGCAGUCUUUCACACACAACCCCGCCCACGCAGACUCGUACUCCGCCCUGAAGGCAAAGCUGGAGCGGCGGAAAGGGGGCGAGAGACCCGCAUCUGUGCAUGGCCACAUCCCCCCCACACAGCAGGUGACAGUUCCUCUGAAGAGUCAGGGCCAUAGUGGCCCCCAGAGGUCGAGCUCCCUGAAGAGGGAGAAGACAGAAGGGGAGGUGGUCUCCUCUGGGACCUCCUCCCGCUCCUCUCCUGGGAUCAUCAUAAGACCCUUUGGCAGCGUUGGGAAGAAGUCCAAGCUGGCUCAAGAGUUUUCUGCUGAGUUUCUGAAAGACUCCGGUCAACGUGACUCUUCCCCAACAAGAGACAAGUUGUCCCCACCCCCAAUGUCUGCACCACCAGUAAUGGUGUCUCCUGCUCAUGCAAGAAUCCCCUCCCCACAAGAACCUCCAGCAGCCUCCUCAGUCUCCUACCCGACCUCUCCCUUAAAGCCUCCACCAGCCUCAAAACCCUCAGUCCCCAGCAGUGCUGCGGGCCAGAUUUUAUCUCCAGCCCACCUCUCUGGGCCCCCCAUGUCCCCUAUGCUGCCUCUGGGCGUUCGUGCCGGAGACCUCAAAGGUUCCCCUAGGAUGAUGAGGAACGAGGAAGACGACAGCCUGAGCGAUGCUGGGACCUACACCAUCGAGACCGAGUCCCAGGACAAAGAGGUGGAGGAGGCUCGAAACAUGAUCGACCAGGUGUUUGGUGUCCUCGACUCUCCAGAGUACAGUGGUGUGAGCACAGGGGUGUAUAGACCUGUAAUAAAUGAUGGCAAGGAUGAGCAAGCUAACCUGCCUAGCGAUGGUAGCACUGUGGACCCGUUGCAUGGCUUUUACCCAGCUGCUAUCAGCGGCUCCCCGUCAGGCCCCAUACAGGUUCCUCCUGCCAGUGCAGCAGGUCUGGAAGGACCAAAAUGGGUUUCCCGAUGGGCCAGUCUGGCAGACAGCUACGCUGAACCUGGUUCCACUCCACCUCAAGAGGAAAGUCUGGAAGAUUUGCGCCUCAUGCCGCGGUCGAUGGGAAACUACAACUACGAUAACUCUGAGUCUGAGUCCAGCCACAGCUCCAGGACGAGACGGCUGCUGCCCCAGGUGCCUCCAGAGAAGCUAGAUAGUGUUCCUCCAAGUAUCCUGAUUCGGCAUGAACCGUACCAAGGACAGGAAGCUCUGGACCGAUAUUCUGGUACUCCUCGCCACCAGGACUCCAUGCAGUGCUUAGCAGUUCAGGAUGAUGUGGAUCCAGACAGCCUGAGUGAUGCUAGCCGGUCAGAUGAUGGACUUGUUCUGGAAAAAGCUAAGAAGAAUCAGGCCAGGGCUGGAUCUGUGUCUCCAGGGGGUGCUGGUCCUCAAACCAGAGGUGCAGAUAGAGUAUCUCCAUCCACCAAAUCCACCUCCUUCUACAUUGGAUCUGAAGAGAGCCCAAGCAAACCCGACCAAGCCAAAAGCCCUGUGCAGUCUGAGCGGGUACAAAAACACCCAGCAAAACCUCCCCCGACUACAAUCCUGAUCCGACACCUGAGCGGGCACGAACCAAGGAGGACGGGUGUCAAACCCAACAGCUCUGCUCCAAACCUCCAAAUACAAGACAAGGAUUCUGUCCCCACUAAAGACAGCUGCAUGUCAUCUAUUGUCCGCCAGGAGAGCUUCACCAAAGACCAGCCCACCGACAAUGUCUCCAUGAAGAAGCUUCCCCACAUCUCCAGCCAUCCGUCCAUCAGAGACCUGGAGCAGAGGAGGGAGACCAUCCAGGACACACAGUCCUUCCUUCAGGAAGCUGAGGGAACUCUGUCCUCUCUGGACACCAGGUUCCCCUCCUCUGGUUCUGGUCGUAGCUCAAAGAAAGGAGGCUCCUCCACCCACAUGGACGACUCUCUGUCUGGUGAGUCGGACGUGGACACGGCCAGCACCGUGAGCCAGGUCAGCAGCAAAAACGCUCCCAUCAGUUCUGUUUCUAAAAAGCGUCCCGCCAUCAGCAGCCUGCAGAAGGAGAAAUCCUCCUCAAGCCCGUCCAUCCAAGAGAAAGGCCGGCAGCUCACGGCCCGAGAACGGCUUUCUGAGAAACGCCGUAGCCAGGGGCCGUCUGAUACAUCGAGCAAGGCGGAGGCAACGAAGCGCUUUCAGAUGCGCCGCAGCGCAGGAAACCGUGGAUCUCUGGAUCUGUCAGAGGGCCAGCAGGGUUCUGGUCAACAGUGGACAGAAACAACAUCCUCUGACCACGAAGUUUCUCGUCCAUCCAGCCGUAGCAAGAAAGUGAUCGCCCCUCUUCAGAAAGAGGACAAUGGAAAGGCAGCAAAGACGGCGUCUCAGCAGGUUCUGACACGUUCCAACAGCCUGUCUGCACCACGGCCAACCCGGGCGUCCAUGCUCCGCCGAGCCCGCCUGGGUGACGCCUCAGAUAAUGAAGGUACAGAGACAGACCGGGCAUCCCAGAAUUCUGAUCAGAUCUCUGCACCUACCAAAGUAUCUGCGGAGGGGAAGAAGCUGUCCAGGCUGGACAUCUUAGCGAUGCCCAGGAAGAGAACUGGCUCCUUCACAACUCCCAGCGACACCGAGACCUCCUCCACGGGCCGCCCGGGGUUCUCCAAUCGCAACUCUGAGUCAGUUGCCAGCACCAGGAAGACCUCUGUUGGCGAAGCCCGCCAAGCAGCAGCUGGAAAAGGGGGUGGAGCUCCAGGGAAGCAACCGCUGACCCGAACCCGGUCCAGUGGAGCCAAGUACCCCAGCACAAGUUCUCGUCGCAGACAGAAGGGUUCAGACUUCUCCUCAUCCUCUGAGGAGGAAUACCAGGCGACUGCUGGGACGCCCAAAUCCAAACGUUCCUCCCAUCCCUCCACCUCUUCCCAGACGCCACGGGGCCACCGCACAGCCGCCACCCGGUCCAAGUCAGUCUCCAUUGAAACAGAGGAGGACGAGGACCAGAACGACGGAGAUCCCUACCAGAACUGGUCCACGCACAGCGCUGAGAUCGCCAAGCUCAGUCAGGACCUGGCCAAAGACCUGGCCAUCCUGGCGAAGGAAAUCCACGACGUUGCCGGGGACGGAGACUCACCAAGCUCCGGCAUGGGCACUGCCACGUCACCCAGCUCGCUGCCCAACACGCCAGCCUCCACCAUCUCUGCCAGGGAGGAGGUGGGCAACACUGUGAACCGCCAAAACAUCCGUCACCUCACCACCACGCAUACCACAGAUUCAAAAACUGGGAACACACCAGACACAAACAACUCCAUCCAAUCUCUUCUUCUAACACCGUUGGGAUCUUGGUAGUCUGUUAUUUCAAACUGAUCCACAACAAAGAUCCAAACAGACCUCAGUCUUUAACUGUGUGCCUUGUUCUCUCAGUGUGUUCCCAGUUUAACUGAGAACAACCUGUUCUUUCAAACGGGGUCUUCUUCACGUAGUCUCCAUCUCUAUCAGCGAUGUCACUCAGAGUCUCAUGCCAUCAAAAGUACGUUGGGCGGAAACGUUCAGCUGUUUGCAGUUUUGUUUCAGAUUCUAGGUUGAAUGACAGGAGCUUCAUCAUGCUUUGGAUUCUCAUGACUCAUUUCUCUGUUCUGCUGCACAGACGCCAUCUUAUCAGUACUCACCAGGGGUUCGACCAUCUCAGGUGUCCAACUCUGAUUCAUCAUUCCGCCUGCCCUGUACCUGGUUCCCCUCCUCCACCACCAUCGUGCCUCUCCCAUCACUAAUCCUAACACUCCCCCUCUCACCAGUGUUGGAUGCUCUGGCACACAUUCGAUGUCCUUGUUUUGAGACUUGUCUGACUGAGUGGUUCAGUAUGAGAGAUUAUUAAUGACAAAACCAUGAAGUAAGCACAGAAAUAUCCAAGCUGGAACCAUCAAGGAACAACAGGUGUACCAGUUCAAGAGCCCGUUUUCUCCAGGCCAGAUCCCCCCAACCCUUAUUUUUAACAUAGGUCCGAUUCAGCAUUAUUAAGCACACAUGAUCAGAUAUUUCACAACACAAGUGCUGGUUCAACACAAAACAGAUUCAAACUUGAAACAUCAGUGUACAAAUCCAACCAAACUCCACUCUACCUAAACUAGCCAAGAGUCCCAGGGUCUUUUAGCCCCCAGAACUACUGUACCCUGAACUAACAGGUUCCUGGUCCCCCAUUGUUGUCUGUGUUUCGACCGCGGGCUGAAGUCCCGGGUAGAUUGUGCAAAUCAGGCCAGUGACGUAUGGAGGGAAAAAAAAGUAAAUGCACUACACCACCAGACCAGUAGAGGGCAGUAAAACAAAGAGGAAUGCCAUUCAUCACAGAUGACACCAUAGAAGCAGACGGACAGGCGAGUAUCAUUAUGAGCAACACAACAGUUACCCUGUUAGCAUGAAGAGACUCAGCUGGUCUGUUUCAGAUGGUGCUAUAUUUCAUCACAGAUGGAAAAAAAAAAUGACUGUGAAUGUUUUUUGGAAAAAAAAUUGAAAAAAAAAAAUUUGACAAACAAAAUUUUUG